GGCAAGCCUUGCUAAUGAUUGUGCCAAUUCUCUGUUCCGAGUGAUUAGUUGCCUUCAAACAUCAAGACUACGGAUGAGGGCUCCGUAUCGGACCAGUGUUCCGGCGUCGUGACAUAUAAAUGUUUAAGAGGAGCAAAGGACGCUGCAGGGUUGAGCUCUUUAUUUUACUCGAUACGAUUUAGUUGGUUCUCAUUACCCAAGUUAAAGUUUGAGAUAUGCCUUCUUCACGAACCAUCUCCAUUGUUGGAUGUCAUGCCGAGGGUGAAGGAGGCGAUGUUAUCAUUGGCGGGGUACUCGAUGUCCCGGGAAAGACCAUGUUCGAGAAGCGACAGCAUUUCCUAUACAAGCAAGAUGAGAUAAGGUCUCUUCUGCUCAACGAGCCUCGAGGAAGACCAGGCAGACACGUGAACCUUGUCCUCCCUCCGUGCGAUCCCCGCGCUGAUGUCGGGCUGUUGAUUAUGGAAAACGAAGAAUAUGCACCGAUGUCGGGAUCCAACUGUAUAUGCACGGUCACCGUACUCUUAGAAACUGGCAUGAUCCCCAUGAAGGAACCCGUGACGGAGCUUACGCUUGACACUGCGGCUGGACUUGUCAAAGUGCGGGCUCAAUGCCAGGGAGGCAAAUGCAGGAGCGUCGCGUUUGAUAACGUCCCGUCCUUCGUUUUCCAGCUCGAUUACAAGAUCGACAUUCCUGACCUGGGCACCGUAUCAGUCGAUAUUGCCUACGGAGGCAUGAUGUACAUACUCGUUGAUGCGGCAUCCCUUGGUCUGAAAAUCCGGAAUGCCGAUGGCCCACAGCUAGUUGAGGUCGGCGAGAAGAUCAAGAAGGCACUUAACGCAACUUACACCCCGGCACAUCCCGAGAAUCCCGAUAUCUUUGGCUAUAGUGUUCUGCAGUUCACUGAACCUCUCGAAGAGCUUCCGGAUGGCAGCGGCAAGACGGCUGUCAAUACAGUUGUUAGUUCGCCAGGCAGAUUCGAUAGAAGCCCUUGCGGCACGGGUAGCUCUGCCCGUCUAGCCGUCUUACAUGCUCGAGGACAGAUUACCGUCGGGGAGAAGUUCGUGCACCGGAGUAUUCUGGGAACUGAGUUUAUCACACAUAUCAAUGGGACGACUAAUGUUGCUGAUUAUCCGGCCGUUUUGCCAACUGUCCAGGGUCGGGCGUGGAUUACGGGUUAUCAGACGGUUGUGCUAGAUUCGGAGGAUCCUUUCCCCCAAGGUUACCGUGUGGGUGAUCAAUGGCAUGGUAUGAUUUAA